CACGAAGCAGAAGCAGCAGCCACUGAGACCCCAGCGGCUGCAGUUCUGGCGCAUGCGCGUUAGGAGGACGCUAAUUGUGUUGAUAUGUGUGCUGCGGGUUUAAAUGAUUAUUGAUUAUUGAUGGUUUUCGGAGCGCGUCCUCCCGCGGCCCAGCCUGAUGGAAAACCCCAGAGACCUGGCGGAGCGUCCAUCCAGGAAGCGGCGUGACUCCUUUGGGAUGUUGGACGGUGGCGACGAGGAUCGUAGCAGCUGCAGCACUGAGUCCAGCGCAGGCAGUGGCGCCUCCAGCCCCGAGGACAGUGAGGAGGAGGAGCCUCAGCUGGCCCCGCCCACCUCUGUGUCACCCGGCCUGACCGUCAUCAAGACCAAUGGACAGGUGUACACCUACCCCGAUGGGAAGGCCGGCAUGGCAACCUGUGAGAUGUGUGGGAUGAUCGGAGUCCGAGAUGCCUUCUACAGUAAAACCAAACGUUUCUGCAGCGUGUCCUGCUCCAGAAGUUACUCAUCCAACUCUAAGAAGGCCAGUAUCCUCGCCAGACUGCAGGGGAAACCUCCAACCAAAAAGGCAAAAGUCCUGCAGAAACAGCCCCUGAUGACCAAACUGGCAGCGUACGCCCAACACCAGGCCUCGCAGCAGAGCAGCACCAAGAAGAACCUUUCUGUGGAGGCCUUCGACUGGGGUCGGUACCUCGGAGAUGGAGACGUGGCAGGAGCCCCCGUCAGCUGCUUCAAACAUGUGCCAAUGGGGAAGUCAUGGGGCGACAUCAGUGAAGGUGUCCGAGUCGAGGUCCCCAACACCGACUGCAGUCUACCCAUUAAGGUCUACUGGAUAGCUGGCGUCAUCAAACUGGCCGGUUUCAAGGCUCUUCUGAGGUACGAGGGCUUCGAUGGCGACUCCGCCAGAGACUUCUGGUUAAACCUGUGCAUCCCGGACAUCCACCCGGUGGGGUGGUGUGCAGCCGGAGGAAAACCAUUGGUCCCCCCACAGACCAUCCUGCACAGAUUCACCAACUGGAAGAGUUUCCUGAUUAAAAGACUGACUGGAUCCAAGACGCUGCCGCCGGACUUCACCCUCAAGGUUCAGGAGAGCAUGCAGUUCCCGUUUAAGAAGCAGAUGAGGGUGGAGGUGGUGGAUAAGACUCACCUGUGUCGGACUCGUGUGGCGCUGGUUGAACAGGUGAUCGGCGGCCGGCUGCGACUCGUGUACGAGGAGUGCGAGGACGGGACGGAUGACUUCUGGUGUCACAUGUACAGCCCAUUGAUCCAUAGCAUCGGAUGGUCCCGGUCCAUCGGACACCGCUUCAAACGCUCAGACGUGUCCAAGAAGAUGGAUGGACAAAUGGACGCUCCAGGACAAUUGUUCGCCAAGGUGAGGGAGGUGGACCAAACCGGGUCCUGGUUCCAGGAUGGGAUGAAACUGGAGGCCAUCGACCCCCUCAACCUGUCAGCCAUCUGCGUCGCCACGGUUCGAAAGGUCCUGGCUGACGGGUACCUGAUGAUUGGCAUUGACGGGUCGGAGGCAGCCGAUGGGUCCGACUGGUUCUGUUACCACUCCACCUCCCCCUCCAUCUUUCCCGCCGGCUUCUGUGAGAUCAACCGCAUCGAACUGACGCCACCUAGAGGUUACGUGAACCUUCCCUUCAGGUGGUUUGAUUAUCUGAAGGAGACCAGGUCUGUGGCAGCGCCGGUCCAGCUCUUCAACAAGGACGUCCCGAACCAUGGGUUCCGUCCAGGUAUGAAGCUGGAGGCCGUCGACCUCAUGGAACCCAGGCUGGUCUGCGUUGCCACGGUAACCCGUGUCAUCCAUCGGUUGCUACGGAUACAUUUCGACGGCUGGGAGGACGAGUACGACCAGUGGGUGGACUGUGAGUCUCCAGACCUGUACCCGGUGGGAUGGUGUCAGCUGACUGGGUACCAGCUGCAGCCGCCGGCCGUUGGAACAGGUUGCAGAGACCUGCAGGGGGCGGCGUCCAAACAGCGGAAGAAGUCUCAGCAGUACAAAGGCCAGAAGAAGAAGAGGAAGCUGCCCAUCGCUAAGCGACCAGUCAGCCUGUCUGGCGCCAUGGUAACCGGCGUACCCAGGAGUUUGUCAGGAGAUGAGAAUGAGACCCCGCCCGAUUACCCAUCACCCCCUCCUCCUGCAUCAGCAGCCCAGCCCUCGUCUGCAGAUCCAGGGAGUCCUGGACCGGAGCGGACAGCAGCUUCAACCAUCAAAGAGGAGACGAGCGAACAGACCGAGGCAACAACGGUAACCACGGAAACAGAAACCAACGGGUCCUCCUGAGGUCACGUGACCUUCAAAGCCUUCAUUCAUCAAUGAACACGGACUGUUUCAUCCAAUGGAAAAAGAAAAAAAGACGAUGGAGGAGGAGGACGACGACUCAAACGCUUCCUCUGAGGGGAAAAAAAAAAGCACUUUUUUUAUGCUGAUUAUUUAAAGAUGUUUGUUGUUUGUACGUGUUUGUGAUGUGUUCAGGAGCUCAAACUGGACGUGAAAAUAUGGAUUCUGAUGCUGUAUAAUGUCAUGUUGAGAUUAACAGUCAUUUAAAACCAGUGGUUCGGAAGAAAAACAGUCGACAAGAGCCACAAACGUUAAUGCACUUACUUGUUUUUGUUUGUUUUGAGCCAAACUCGUUCCUUUCAUUUGUUCAACACAUCGGGAAGAAAAAAAAAAACAGCAAAAUAUAAAAGAAGUUUGGCGAAAGGUUUUAUACAGUUUUUCUACGGAAAAGUCGUCUUCAUCAAAAAGAAAAAAAAAAAUUCUUUUUUUAGUUGCAGUUGUUAAAAAAAAUAUUGGAGCCACAGUUUAUUAUUAAUUAUUUUAACAUCUUCACUUGAAUUUAAUAAUUAAAAACUAAAUAGAUGAUUAGAAAACAAGUGAUAUUUUAACAAAAACUCAUAUUUAGAGAGAAAAAUCUGAAUAUUUCAAGGAAAAAGUAAAAUAUUGAGGCAAUAUUUUGGGAUGAAUAAAGUUGCGAUAUUUUGUGACAAAUGAAUUUGAAGGAAAAAAGUUGUAAUGUUAUGAAAUAAAUUAAAUCGCAGUAUUUCAAGAUUAAUGUAUCUGCACGAUUUUCAGGAAAAAAGUCACAGUAUUUUGAAAAAACUACAUCUGCAGUAUUUCAAGGGAAAAAGUCUAUGUUACAAGAAAAUAAAUUCCCAAUAUUUUGAGCAGAAGAGUCACAAUAUUACACGAAAAAUCAAGUUUGGAUGUUUCAAGAGAAAGUCGUAGUGUUUUCUCAAAACAUGACACAUUUCCUCUUAAAUCCUCAGUUUGGCCUUAAAACGUCAAAGAAAAAGAUUAAAUUAGAAUUUAAGAAAAUGUUACAAGAACAUUAUUUUAAAAAAAAAACUUUAAGAAAAGUUUAUUUAAUGAAUGUAUUAUCUAAUAAAUCUAUCAUCAACUAUAGUUUAAAAUAAAGGAUCUUUUCUAAAUUAAAACUAUAGAGAAAAACUGGGAAAUGAAUGUUAAAAAUAAACAGAAGUAAAAUAAAAAUGAUAAAGUAAACAUGAAAUAUCUAUUUUAAGUUGGGGUUUAGACUUUGUUGAAUAUUUAGUUAAUUUGUCGUGUUUUUCAUCGGAUGUUUCUUUAAACGCCGUCCGUUCCAUGAGAUUCUUGUUUUGUGGUCUAAAUGAGCUUCCGUACAUCUGAUGACGGUUCCGACCUGUUGCUCAUGCUGUAAAUCGUAGUUUGUGUCGAUGUUUCGUAGUGAAUCUCGUGGUCGUUUUCUACGUCGACGCUGGUGUUUGCCGUCUUUUUGUAUCUCAGUCGUCUUCUUCGUAUCUGGUGCUAUCAAUCGGAGGAAUCAUCAGCUCGUUUAUAGUGUUUUUACGGAUCAUUUUCACAAACUGUUGGUGACGAAUGUCUUUCUAGUGUUUUCGUCGCAGUUGUUUGCGACGGGUUUGUACAUGUUUACGUAUGUUAAAAGGAGAAAACACCGGGUUUACCGACACAAAAUGGGACAUUAAUGUGAAUACGACCAUUGUGUUUCCGUUAAAUUCAGCGUUUUCUCCUUCAGUUUGCGAUUAAUGUUCAAUAUGUGAAACAAACGGACAGAAGUUUAUCCUGUCGGGUUUUACUGAAAACGGAAAUUAGACUCUGAUGAAUCCUGUAAUUUGUAAAAACAGGACAACGCAGCUGUAAUCAUAGAACUGUUGGUCCAGGUGUCAGUCAUUGUUGCAUCACGUGAACAUAAAAAAUGUUGAUAGUAAAAUAGAACAAGUGGAAAAAUAAUCUAAUCCGUUUUAUAUUUGUACAGUUUAGUUGGAUUUGGAUUCUCAAGGUCACAUUAAAAACCUGAAAACAGCUAAAAAUCAUAUUUGUCUUAAUCAAAUCAAUUCAAAUAUUUCUUCGUUUAUUUUAAGCCCCCAUACAAACCCAUUUUUCAAAUUGUCAAUAAAUUCCAUGCCAUGUGACGUGACUGAUGCUUCGACUCAAAUUCUCUAAUCAUAACAAAGUGUCUAAUUUCUUUUUUUUUUUUUUUAAUUAUAUGUCUGUAUUAUGUGACCUGUUAAUGGCAGAGUUUUAAUUGACUACGACAUGAGACACGGAGACGAAAUAAAGUGUGAAAGUGUUUUUAACGAGUCGGGAAUCAAACAGAUGAGGUUAUGAAGAAAACAAAGAUGGUUUAUUUAGGAAUUAAACUAAGAUCUAAGUUUGGUUUUCAGGGUAAAUUUAUUCUAAACUGUCAGAAAAAAGUUAAUUUAGCACAAAAUGUUCUAUAAUCCUGGGUCUAAAUGUUGGAUCAUUUCUUUUCAAAUGCUCCAUUGUUUACACAUAAACAUUGAAAAUCAGUGGAAUCUGGAAUCUGAUGACACUUAAAAUAUGUGUGUGUCAGAAAGAAUUCAGUUCAAGUCACUAAAACUGGACCAAAGCCUGGUCUAAACAAACGUCCCAGUGGAUAGAAGCGUCUCUGCAUCCUGAUUGGUCGACGAACCUGCCCACCUCGUCCAUGUCCGUUCAUCCACAUGUUUGUGUUGUGAACAUGUUUAAUGAGCUCUAAACCAGUCUAUAUAUAGAUACAGAUCUACAAACUGUAGAAGUACAACACAGUAAAUGUAGUUAUGAACCCAUGGACAUUUCAUGGAGCUUUUUUACUAAGUGCAGUUUCUGGCAGCAUGAUUGUACAGAAAAGAAGAAGGAAAAGGGUCCAAUAAAUGACUCCUUUUACACUU